UCCCCGAUGAGAAAACAUGAAUCAAUCAUGAAUAUGAGAGCAAUAAAUGAUCCCCCAUAAUAUCAGAGAAAUGCGACCUUGCGAGUGCCAAUGGUCGGUUGCCUUGUGGGCUGCAAGAUGCUUCGCCGCACCGUUAGAGUCUUGUCUCGGACCGUGCCGUAGUCCUUAUCCCCCACCAGCCCAACUUUAUGCCUACGGAACGAUUAACCUCGUCAAAGAAUCUGCUCGUAGAUUAUUGGACCGCAGCAUCACUGUUUCCUCCAUCGACCAAUGAUGGUAUACAUAUGUUAUAUUAAAUAUUGAUGCGUCCAUGACGCCUCUUGAUGGGACUCAGCCUGGGGUCCGUGCCUGUUU